UGUCAAUUGUUUUUUGCGGUAACAUCUUUAUUUACUCAGCUAGUGUCACCUUGUUUAACAGGUCAAAAACUACGAAAAGGAUUAUGUUGCUGGACGACACUGUGUGAAGACGAAGGCUUUUUACCAUGCCAAACUCAAAAUGGAACUGAUGUCUGUGAACAAUGCCCGGAUGGCGAAUAUGUGCGUGGGGUAUAUCCAACUAGUGGAUUCAAAAGUUCUCCAUGUGUUGAAAUUCGGCGUUGUUUGCAAGAAGAAAUACGGGACGAUUCUGGUAAAUGUGUUUGUAACCGAGCUGAAGGAUACAUAAGAAGAUUAGAUAACUGUGAACCAACUGAUAUAAAGUUUGAUAAACCCGGAAUCGAACUCAGCGAGCAAGGAUUCUGUGAAUCUUGCAAAGAAAACUUUUAUAAAGAUAUCAAUAGCAACGAUCUAUGCAAACAAAAAAGAAAAAUCAUUUGUCGUUCUGGACAAAUUGUCGAUAACGGCAACACUAUGUCAGAUCGGACUUGUAUUGAAGUAACAACAGUUAUACAGCGGAUAACAACCGAGAAAUCUUUUACCACAACUUACAAUUCUGGUAGUAGCAAUGGGCUUGAUGUUUUAGUUAUCAUUGGUAUAUCCAUUGGUUGUAUUCUGUUGAUAAUUGUCAUUGUUGUCAUCUACAAGAUCUACAAGAAAAUACAGGGAAAACAACAAGCAGAAAAUAUUUGCAUAACGGAAAGAGGAGAAUCAACCCCAUUGAAUAAGAACCAUACAAAAGAAGAUGAAUCGCUUUCAGGAACCAUCGAAAUCGCAACUACUCAUUUUUAUGGUGGCGAUGUUGAACGUGAUAAAAAAUCUAAAGCUGACCCUGUUGAUGAUGAUGAAACAUUUGUUAAGGAACCAGAAGAUAGUAAUGAUGACAAUCUCUUGUCAAGAGCUGAAGGUGGGGCACCAGCAACUGAAUUCCACAUAUUGUCUGCACAACAGCCUCAAGGUGAACAAACUGACAUGAGACCAAUUGUACAUAGGCCAACAACAAGGGUAGAAGCUCAGGUUCAUGCUCAACAAUCAUCUCUACCUCAACUGCUUACAGUACAUCCAGUAAACGAUGACUCAGGAAGAUUUUUAUCGAACGGAGAAACCUCACUGCCUAUGCAGUAUCAUAAUGGAAAUAUUGCUACAAAUAGUGCCAUGCCUACUGCCCGUCCUAAUAGCAUGAUUGUUGUAGAAAGUGGGAAUUUCCCGUCAGAUCAAUAUGAUCCAAACAGAUCACUAUGAGUUUUUUCCCAAGAAAGAAAGCUUAGAUGAAAAGAAAAGAUGUCGUAUCUGCUGAUCUUUGCAACAUACAUCUUAUUUAAAGGAAACAACGCAAGCACUCUUAUCUGCUACUACUUUACAUAUACAUUUCAUAUAAUACAUGUUUCAGGUAGUGACUUUAGGACAUAUCCAUCUAUACUGAUACUUAAGUUAAAGAGUGUAUUUCAAAUCAAAACUUAGGAAAUUCUUACAAAUAAUUUUAGUGGAAAUCUUAAUCCCUUCGAGUGUCUUCCACAUUCCACAAGGUUGUCAAUUUCAUUAACACCUGUAAGCACAUUUUUAUUUAUUCAGUGAGCUGAUAAAGGUCAUGACCCGUAAACUCAUCCAAUCAUCUUCUGAGAUCAUCGGCAACCACACGUUGAAAAAAAUUUCAAUGGGUCCGGAAAGGGUUAAAUUGAAUUAGAACAGAAUUAGAGAAAUAUAUAUAUAUAUAUCUAUGAUUUUAACAUAAAUAGAACAUAAAUGCUAGACCUAACCAGAUUCCUCCAAUGAAUUUAAGGACUAGGUUAAGGAUGCAUAUCGAAAAGAUAUACAGGUAUACAGCUUGUAGAUAACUAGAUUAAAUUAGAAGCAGGAAAUCAAGGCCAGGACCAGUAAUCUAUUUAUAAAUGCGUGUCCAAUUAAUUGUUUAUCAAAUGCUAAAAAAAAGUCCAGGGAUUACUACGUUGCAUGUAAAUUUUUCCAUUGUUUCAUAACAUACUUGCAUGGAAUUACUAUAGAAAAGCAAUUAGAUAGGCUUUUACUGCUGUUCCAAAUGCAACGGUUUGUAUUAGUGAGGCAUUUUAAUUACCCUAAACAACUAUUCUUUAUGACUGUCAACAAUUAAUAUAUUAUAGAGAUGCAAAAUAGACGUGAAAAUAAAUUUAAAAAAAAAGUAACAUUGAGCUGAAUAGAGCAAGACAGUCUUUUUAUAGUUUGUCUUUUUUCUGGUUUUGAUUAGUGUUGAUUAUUUAUUUAACCUUUAAGACUCCAUAGUUUGCUUUUGUGUAGUUCAAUUCAAGAUGCUCAAAUUUUAAAAUACCACAUGUAUUUUACGAUGUGUUCAGUUCAAGUACUUGAAUGAUAUUACAGUGUACUAUUAAAUCAGCAUUACAUAAUUUCAUCCAUGACCGUCAAAAUAAAUGAUUUUUAUACGACCACAGGUAGUAUUUUGUUAUGGUGUUGUCUGCGUCUGAAGACAUUUUGGUUCGCAGACAAUAACUUGAGUAUAAGUUGUAUAAGUUCAUGGAUGUCUAUGAAACUUUAGCACAAGCUUCCAUACCAGUAAAGGAUGGUUGGGAUUGUUUUGGGAGGCUAUUGUCUGUGCGGUUUUGUAAUUAGGGGCCAAAAAGGUCAGUUUUACUGGUUCAUGGAAAAUAAAUUGGUUCUCAGACAAUAACUUUAGUGUAAGUGUAUGGAUGUGUAAGAAAUUUUAGUACAAGGUUCCAUACCACAAUAUGAGGGUUGGGAUUCAUUUUGGGGGUUAUUGUUUUAGCUGUUUUGAAAUUAGGGGCCAGAAAGGGGCCAAACACAAUUAUUUGUCUGGUUUUAAGACAAUAACUUGAGUAUAAGAGAUAUUUCUUAGGUCAAAAUUUUAACACAAGGUACCAUUCCACAAUCGGAAGGUUGGGAUUAAUUUUGGGGGUUAUUGUCAUAGCUGUUUAGGAAUAAGGGGCCAAAAAGUCUUACAAAAACAAUUUUUUGGCAGGUUCACAGACAAUAACUUGAGUAUAAGUGUAUGGAUCUCUAUUAAAUUUCAGCACAAGGUUCCAUACCACAAUAGGAAGGUUGGGAUUUAUUUUUGGAUAAUUGUCGUAUCUGUUUAGGAAUUAGGGGGCCAAAAAGGGGCCAAAAAAAAAAGCAUUUUUCAUGUUUUAGGACAAUAAUUGGUGUAUAAGAGUAUAGAUUUCUAUGAAAUUUUACCACAAGCUUUCAUACUUCAAAUGGAAAGUUGAGAAUGAUUUUUGGAGGGUCAUGGCCAAUACCGUUUAAUAAUUAGGGGUCAAAAGGGGCCGAAAACAACUAUUUUUCUGGUUUGCAGGCAAUAACUUGAGUAUAAGUGUAUGUAUUUCUAUUCAAUUUUAGAACAAGGUUCCAUACCGCAAAAGGAAGGUUGGGGUUUAUUUUGGAGGUUAUUAAAGUAGUUGUUAAGGAAUUAGGGGCCAAAAAGGGCCUAACAAAAACAAUUAUUAGUCUGGUUUACAGGUUCCAGGUUGGGAUUUAUUUUUGGGGUUAUUGUUAUAACUGUUUAGUAAUUAGGACCAAAGAGGGGUCAAAAACAAGCAUUUUUCAUGUUUCAGGACACUAAUUUGUGUAUAAGAGUAUGGAUUUCUAUAAAAUUUUACUACAAGAUUCCAUACUACAAAAGAAAUGUUGGUAUUGAUUUUAAGUGUCAUGGUCCAAAUUGUUUAAUAAUAAGGGGCUGAAAUAGGGCCAAGAAACUAGGAUUUUCUGAUUUUUGGACAAUAACUUGAGCAUAAGUCUAUUUAUUGCUAUUUGACUGUGCCACAAGGUGAUAUACCAUAAAAUAAAGUUUGGGAUUGAUUUAAGGGGUUAUGGCCCUAUUGGUUUAGUUAAAAUGAGCCAAAACCAAUACUUUGUAUAAAUUGAUUAUUUUUUUAGCAAAUUCAAUGAGGUUUGAUUCAAAAGUCUUGAAUUCUGGGAAGUCUUUAUUAUUUGAAUUUUUGGGUCUUUUUUUUAAAUGAUUUAUAUUAAGGUCCAAAGGGUUCAAAAUUAAACUUUGUUUGAUUUCUUUAAAAAUUAAAUUAAUGGUGUUCCUUGUUAUGCUGAAUCUAACAGUGUAUUUUAAUUUUGAGGCCUGUCUUCAAAUUUGUCCACAUUAAGGUCCAAAGUGUCCAAAGUACAACUUUUUUUUUAUUUAAAAAAAAAUAUAAUUCUUGGGGUUCUUUGAUAUGCUGAAUCUAAGCGUGUUUAUAGAUUUUUGAUUUGGGCAUGGUUGGCCUACACUAAGGUCUAAAGAGUCCAAAAUUAAACUUUGUUUGCUUUAAAAAAAAAAUGGUUGGGGUUCUUUGAUAUGCCGAAUCUAAGUGGUAUUUAGAUAUUUGGUUUUGGGCACAGUAUUCAAGAUGAUCCAAAUUGGGGUCCAGAAUUGAACAUUGUUUGAUUUCAUCAAAAAUUAAAUUGUUUGUGUUAUUUGAUAUGGUCAAUCCAACAGGGUUUGAGAUUUUUUGAUUUUGUGCUUGGUUUUUAAAGUUGGUCCAAAUUUGUGUCCAAAAUUAAACUUUGUUUGAUUUCUUCAAGAAUUAAAUCAUUGGAGUUCUUUAAUGUGUGCAAUCUAACAGUGUUUUAGAUUUUAGAUUUUGGGCCCGUUUUUCAAACUGGACCCCAUAAAGGUCCAAAGUUUCCAAAAUAAAACUUAGUUAGAUUUUAACAAAAAAUCAAACAUUGUGGUUUUUUGAUAUGCUGAAUCCAACCAUGUAUUUAGAAUUUGAAUAUUGGAGCAUAAUUGGUAAAUGUCCAAUUUUAAAAUUAUUUAAGAACUUAUACCACACUCAUUCUGUGUCAGCAACUAUGCUAUUAUUACAUCUUUGCUCAGAAUCUAAAUUCAGAGAUGUUAUUGCACAAUUAACAGAAAUUUUAAGUAGGGUCAUAGUUGAAAAUAGAUAUAACAUCAUAUCUGAUUUAGAGAACUAUUUUUGUGGUUUACAUCACUGGUUCAUGGAAAUAAAUUGAUUCACAGACAAUAAUUUUAUUAUAAGUGUAUGGAUGUGUAAGAAAUUUUAGCACAAAGUUCCAUGCCACAAUAGGAGGUUUGGGAUAUUAAAUAGUUAAUCAAGCUCUACAUUUAUAGAUUUAUUAUAGAAAUUUUAAAUUGAGUCAUAGUUUAAAAUAGAUUUGCUGAUUCAGAUAUAUAUCAAUUGUGGUGAUUAUUGUGUAUGCAUUGUGUUCUGUUUAAAGAUUGUUAACAUGUUUGAAUACUUUCUUAUGGUUGUAUAUUCCCUUGGAAAUUAAAAUAAACCUUCGUCUAUCUGUUGAAGUGAAAGUGUAAGUAAAUGAAGUUUUUAAAUACAAUUGUGCCAUACAUUAUGUAAUGUUACAUCUUAAUAAAAAAAAAUGUUAUUUUUAGAUAAACUAUUUUUAUAAAAGGAUAUAUUUCAUUACAAUACAUUGUGUAGAUAAAGUUGUUUACACUGAUAGAAAAGUUGAAGAUAUUAUUUUGGACAAAUGAAAGAAAAAAUAUUGGAACUAUUGAUUAUAUAUAUAAAGUUUGAUUACACUAAGUGUUUUUAUAUGAUCUAAAAUUUCUUUGCCUUCUUUAAUUUUUGUUGUUGUUUGUUUUCCAGUAUCAUAAUUGUUAAAUACCAUGCCCAGACUGAAAAGAAAAUCUACAUUAAUGAUAAGAAAUGAUCGUAAAAUCAAUUACACAAUUAUAAUUGGAGUGACAGAUUUAUUUGAAAAUUUUGUGUUUCUUAGGUGUUGUUGAUGAUAAGCUCUGUGGGACAAAUAGAUCUAGUUUGAAAUUUACUGUUCAUUAUUAGACAUUUUGAAGAUGAUUACAGAUAAGUUUUAUAGAUUUUUUAAAGACAUUAUAUUAAAGAUAAAUGAUAACAUUAUUUUGGAAAUUAAUUUUUUCUUUUCUUUGGUAAAUUGUUUGAAUAAUUUUGUGGUAGGUUUGUUUGUUAUUUUGUAUAAACCAAUUUUCUGAAUGCUAUAUACAUUUCAAUGCCCCCACGGUAGCGGAGAGGGCAUUAAGUUUUACCCUUGUCCGUCUGCACGUCCGUCCGUACGUCCAAAAUUGGUUUUCGUUCUCUAACUUUAGUUUGUCUAAAAUACUAUGAAACUUUUACACAAUGCUGAUUAUCACAAUACACAGAUCAAAUUUGAAUUUGGGUGGCGUCACUUUCACCGUUCUAGAUUUAUGCCCCUUUACAACUGGAAAAAUUGCAGAAUUUUUUGUUUCCGAUCUCUAACUUUAGUUUGCCUCCACAAAAUGUUAUGAAUCUUAUACACAAUGCUUUUUACUGCAAAACACAGAUCCAGUUUGAAUAUUGGUGGCGUCACUUUUACCGUUCUAGAGUUAUGCCCCUUUACAAAUGAAAAAAAUCAGCGUUUCCGUUCUCUAACUUUAGUUUGCCUCAACCAAAUAUUAUGAAACUUUUACACAAUGCUUAUAAUACCACAAAACACAGAUCAAGUUUGCUGAAUUUUUCGUUUCCGUUCUCUAACUUAAGUUUGCCUCAACCAAACGUUAUGAAACUUAUGCACAAUGCUGAUUACCACAAAACACAGAUCAAGUGAAUAUUGGUGGCGUCACUUUUACCGUUCUAGAGUUGUGCCCCUUUACAAAUGGUAAAAUGCUGAAUUUUUCGUUUCCGUUCUCUAACGUAAGUUUGCCUCAACACAAUGUUAUGAAACUUAUACACCACAAUGCUUAUUACUUUAAAACUCUGAUAGAGUACAAAUUUGGGUAGCGUCACUUUCAUUGUUCUUGAGUUAUGUCCCUUUAUAACGUUAUAUGCAAGCGGUGGCAUCAUCUGUGUCCCAUGGACACAUUCCCCAUUUAUUUAUUUUUUUAUUUUGAUGAAGCGAACUCUUUUAAAAACUAAGCUUAUAUAGUCUGUUAAUAAACAUGUAUUUAGAUUUUUGAUUUUUGGCCCCGUUUUCAAGUUGAUCCAAAUCUGGGUCCAAAAUUAAAUUGUGUUUGACUUCAACAUACAUUGAAUAUAUAAGGGGUUCUUUGAAAUGCUGAAUCUAAACCUGUAUUUAAAUUUGGAUUUUUGGGGUCAGUUUUCAAGUUGAUCCAAAUCAGGGUCCAAAAUUAAACUUUGUUUAGUUUCAACACAAGUUGGAGAUAAAGGGUUCAAACCAUGUAUUUAGAAUUUGGAUGUUGGUCUCAGUUAUCAAAUUGGUCCUCAUUGAGGUCCAAAGGGUCUUAACUAAAACUAAUGUUGGUUUUUUUUUCAUCAAAAAUUGAAUUCUUGAGGUUCUUUUAUAUGCUGAUUCUAACCAUGUACUUAGAUUUUUGAUAUUGGACCAUAAAAGGUAAAUGUCCAAUUUCAAAUUUUUCAGUUCUUUGACCAUAUUCAUUUUGUGUCACAAACCUAUGCUGUAUGAAAUAUUCAAUCACAAUCAAAAUUAGAGCUGUUUUAACUUAAAUGUUGUGUCCAUACUUGCCCCAACUGUUCAAGGUUCGACCUCUGCGGUUGUAUCAAGCUGCAACCAGUGGAGCAUUUGAUUUUUUAUGUUUAUAUCCAUUUUAUGCAUACAUUAUGUGAAAUUAUUCGAGCAUUAUAAUUUGUGAUACAAGAUUUUAUUGACUUUUGUUUUCUUAAUGUCUUAGAAUGUGUAUUAUCAUAAUAUACAUAUGCUGGGUUUUUUUUGUUGCUUAUUCGAAAAAUAAAUAUAUUUAGCCUA